GAGCGGGGGAGGCCCCUUACGCAAACUACAAUUCCCGGCGGGGACCGCGGUGUAGGGGGGUGGGAUCUGAACAUGGCGGCGGUGGUGGCUGCUACGGCGCUGAAGGGCCGGGGGGCGAGGAAUGCCCGCGUCCUCCGGGGGAUUCUCGCAGGAGCCGCCGCUAACAAAGCUGCCCAGAGCAGGACCCGGGCGCUGCAGAGCCACAGUUCCCCGGAGGGCAGGGAAGAGCCCGAGCCGCUCCCUCCCGAGCUGGAAUACAUGCCCCGAAGGAAGGCCAAGAACCCCAUGAAGGCUGUGGGAGUAGCCUGGUACAGCCUGUACACCCGCACCUGGCUUGGGUACCUCUUCUACCGACAGCAGCUGCGCAGGGCUCGGAAUCGCUACCCCAAAGGCCACUCCAGAACCCAGCCCCGCCUCUUCAAUGGAGUGAAGGUGCUUCCCAUCCCCGUCCUCUCGGACAAUUACAGCUACCUCAUCAUCGACACCCAGGCCCGGCUGGCUGUGGCUGUGGACCCUUCAGACCCUCAGGCCGUGCAGGCUUCCAUUGAAAAGGAAGGUGUGACCUUGGUUGCCAUUCUCUGCACCCACAAACACUGGGACCACAGUGGAGGGAACCGUGACCUCAGCCGGCGGCACCAGGACUGUCGGGUGUACGGGAGCCCUCAGGACGGCAUCCCCUACCUCACCCAUCCCCUGUGUCAUCAAGAUGUGGUGAGCGUGGGACGGCUUCAGAUCCGGGCUCUAGCCACCCCUGGCCACACACAAGGACAUCUGGUCUACCUGCUGGAUGGGGAGCCCUACAAGGGCCCUUCCUGCCUCUUUUCAGGGGACCUGCUUUUUCUUUCUGGCUGUGGACGGACCUUUGAGGGCACUGCCGAGACCAUGCUGAGCUCGCUGGACACUGUGCUGGGGCUGGAAGACGACACUCUGCUGUGGCCUGGUCAUGAGUACGCGGAGGAGAACCUGGGCUUUGCUGGUGUGGUGGAGCCUGAGAACCUGGCCCGGGAGAGGAAGAUGCAGUGGGUGCAGAGGCAGCGGAUGGAGCGCAAGAGCACGUGCCCGUCCACCCUGGGAGAGGAGCGCUCCUACAACCCAUUCCUGAGGACCCACUGCCUGGUGCUGCAGGAGACUGUGGGGCCAGGGCCGGGCCCUGCUGAGGACGAUGGCUGCUCCCGGGCCCAGCUCCUGGAGAAGCUCCGCCGGCUGAAGGACCUGCACAAGAGCAAGUGAUGUCCCCCAGCCCCCCAGCCCACCCGCAUGGUGGGGAGGCCGCCCAUCGCCCACACAAACCACCCUCAUUGCUACCAACACCACCUCCAUCAGUGCCACGGUGGCAUCAUUCCCCGACACUGGUCAUGGAGAGAGGAGUGACAAGGCGGGGAGACCUUGAGGCCCAGGGAAGGGACUGCUCCAAGGCUUGGAGACUCCAUGGGGUGAGGCUGGGCUGACAAGCCUAACAGGAAAGGAGGGGCCCUGGGGCAUCUCCAGACCUAACUGUAAGGGUUCCUGCGCUGGCAGUGAGCACCUGGAGGCUGCGAUGAGCCCCUCCCUCGGGAGGCAGCGCUCUCGCUGCAGCCACUAAGCCCAGGCCACAGGAGCCGUGAACAGGUUGAGUGCGUUGUCCCCCUCCCCCCAUUCAGGGUUGGGAAAUUCAGCCUCCCCAAGCGGGCUCUGGUUUACUGAGACACCGCCCCUCCUCCCCCAGCCUCCCCACCCUGCCCCAUCCUACCCUGACCCCACAAAGGCAUUUUUCAACUGAGCCAUUUCUGAGAAAGAUGAAAGGGCUGGAAGUCUGGCUGUCUGUCCAGUCUCAGCCUCAGUGGCUUCCCUACAGCCUGGAAGAGGGAGGGUCCUGGUUGCCAAGGAAACCUUGACUUCAGGCUCAGGAGACACCUGAGGGUGCUGGAUUGCAGCCCAACAAUCUUGUAGGUCACACGGGCUCCCUGCACAGCUGGCCUGGUCCUGCCCGCUGGCCUCUGCCCCUACCCUGGGCCAACAGGCCCCUCCCUUCCAGGGGAGAGAGAGCCAUCGGUCGCCAUGGCCUCUGCAGUUUUCUCAUUAUGGCUUUUAUUCUUAGGAACUUCUGCCUCCUCUAACUUCUGCUUUAUCCUCAGCCCCUUUCCUCUUUUCGUUAUUAACGACAGUCAUCUGGCCCCUUGCAGUUUGCCAAGAACAUUCUGUGACAUUGCUCAUUUGGUCCCUGGCCCCAUCCUGGCUAGGGAGGGGUCUGUGAGGCAGAGUUCAGAAAUGGAAACCUGGGAGCAGAGGCCUCUCAAGGGAGUGCAGCUUCCAGGACCCCAGGCCUGGGCCCUGCCCUCUGCUCAGCCCUCCCUCAGCUCAGCGUCUCCUUUGGUCUUGGGCCCAGGUCCCUUUGGGGCCUCAUGAGGAACCCUCUGGUCCUCAAGCAGGCGUACCUGGGUCAGCCAGGGCCUUGUCUUCCUUCCUCAGGCUCUGCUCACCUCUGGCGAGCCUCCAAGAUGCCCCCUGCCCUCAGUUUCUCCUCAUCAUCCGGCCUCUGCCUCCCUCUCUAGCCACAGCCUCUAGUACCAACUCUAGCAAUACUAUCAGAAUAGAGUUCCCCGCACCCCAAGAUAUGCAGUUUCCUGCCUCUGUGCCUUCGCUCAUGCUGUUUCUUCAGACUGGAAUGCCUUUCCCUGCUCCUCCUGCCUUGUCUGCCUGGCCAACACCUGUUCAUCCUUCACAAUCCCCCUCAAUGGCCCCCUCCUCCAGGAAGACAACCCCAUGUCCCCCACCCCCCACCCCCAGGCUACCUCUGCUCUUUGUAAAUGCUUCUCUGUGGCACUUAUCACUCUGUAUUACUUGUUUACACGUUUGUCUCCCCUUCCAGACUGUGAACCCUUCAGGGCAUGGACUGUAUCUUAUGCAUCUCUGUAUUCUGCGCCUAGCACGGUGCCUGGCACACAGUAGGCGCCCAAUAAAUGUUAAAUGAAUGAAUGAUUUAAGAGACGCUUGA